AUGACAUCGACUGAUAUGCUCCAACAUUCAAGCGAAUGUGUUGAUUGUUUUGUUUUCUUUAUCCAUAUUCACAACAUGCCAUCAUUAGUUAUUGGCCUGGAUAUAACCGACAACCAUGUAACUUCAGCUUUCGUUCGAAUCGAACAGAUUUCCAGUGGUAAAUUAGCCGUUGAACGCGACACGUAUUUAACUCGCUUAUAUGAAAUUACCAACGAGACCGAUCCACGAGAUAUCCUGGCCAUUUGGAUUCAAUCGAUCGACGACCUUCUACUUGAUUUUGUUGAUCACUAUCAAGAAAAUGAUCAUAUUAUUGGUAUUUCAAUCGGCAUGCCUGGUCCAAUGGAUUAUCAAUCAGGCACAUGUCACAUUCAAUCAACGUUAUUUCAGAAAUUCUUUGGUUUGAACAUACGUUUGUCACUUGAACAUGGCCUAAAAGAUUUAAUCUUACGUUGGAAACAUGACUAUUUCGAUAAAUAUCAAAUUUUAUCAACAGCCUCAUUAAGAAAACCUUUGACUAGUCUUGAUAAAAUGCAACAAGGGCAAAAAACAAGAAAGAUGACGAUAACACCACCCACAACUCCACAUCUUCCAAUAAGUUUCAAUAUCGUAUCGUCGACGAUUGAAAGCUUCCAAGACAAACAAUCUAUUAACCAGAUUUUAUCGAAUUUUUGUGGACGAUAUGAUCAUGACGAUUUCGACAUACCUCGAUCACGCCGCGAAACGUAUUUUCACGAUAUCGAACAAAUUUCUACUCCAAAAUCAAUCAGUACUCGAUUUACACCAAGAUUAUGGUCAAUUAUCGAACGUUUAAACCACAUACCGAUUACAUUCUAUAAUGAUGCAGCAUGUUUUGCUUUAGGAGAAAUUCAAUAUGAACACAAUCAAGUUUACGAACGAAUAUUAGCGUUAACUUUAGGUACUAGUUUUGGUUCGGCAUUUCUCGAUGGUGGCCAAGUUAUCACGCAGCGAGAAGAUGUUCCAUUAGACGGUGCGCUAUGGAAUUGCCCGUAUGAUCAACACUCGCUGGCUGAUGAUUGGUUUUCAACUCGUGGUUUAAUCAAUUUGUAUAAAAAACUACUUCGUUCAGAAUCGCCUGACGAUAGUUCCGGUACGAGUAGUAUGACAUUAUCCGGUGAUGAACGUCAACAAUCUGACGAUUAUUUAUACAUAAGCGACGCUUAUCUUCUUCGACGAGCGUCUAACGGUGAUCCACUUGUGAUAAAAACCUUUCAAACUUACGCUCGUUUACUAGGACAAUUUCUCAUUCCCUACAUAGAUGCAUUUCGUGCUCAAUUAAUUAUCAUUGGUGGUGAUCUGGCUCAAGUUUGGUAUUUACUCGAAGAUGAAUUGAAUUUAACCAUCCAAAAAUUUUCCCAAGCGACUAUCUAUUUCAGUCUUUCGCAGGGUAAAUCCAUUUGUCUAGGUGCUGUUCAACAACAUAUCUAUGAACCGAGAAAACGACCUCUUCGGCAAAUUCACCAGUCUCUGCUACCUGUAGUGAAAACGAUCGACACGUCAAAAUAUGAUAUCUACCCAUGCCAUCCGAUUCCAAAUGGAUCGAUUGGCAUCGGACAUCGAACAUUGAAUGACAAAUUCUAUCAACUGAUCGAAGAUAAUGAAAUUCUUCUGAUCGAUGGUUUUGUUGGUACAGAUUUCAGUGAAUAUGCACACCAUUUAAAUCGAUACUAUUUGGAGAAAGCACUGAGUAAAAAUUCUUUACCGUUAUUAUUCUACGAUAGUCAAGUAUUUGUUCAAACCAAUUCGAAUAUGCAACGCGAAAUUUACCUUCAAAGUCCUCGAUCAUUCUUCGGCCGUAUUGCAUACGAUUUAGAUUUUCCACACGAUUUUCUCGAUGUCAAGAAACUAAACCUUCUCAAAAACAAUCUUUCCUAUCCAUGUGUUGUCAUCGGUCCAGCUUCAUCUUAUGUAAACGACAGCGCACCAUUAGCUUACAUCGACUUGCCUAAAAACGAACUAUAUUAUCGUUUAGCAACCGGAUCGGCUAGUUCGUAUUUGAAACCAAUGCGAAAAAUCAACUUCAAGGACAAUCCAUUGACACCGAUGAUGUACGAACGUAAAUGUUUAUAUUGUCUCGAUUAUCCAGUUUUGAAUAAACUCAAACAAGAAUUAUUACCUCGAAUGACUUAUUUUAUCGAUGGACAACGACCGCAUUGUCCGACAUGGAUCAAUGGAGAUACAUUUCGACAAGCACUUCAUUCUUUAGCAAAUCAACCGGUUCGUCCUCGACCUUGGUUUGAAGCAGGUCCAUGGGGUGGUCAAUGGUUGAAAUCAACCUGCCAAAAUAUUUCCCAACAUGCACAAAAUUAUGCACGAUCAUUGGAAAUGUUUCCGUCGGAAAAUGGCAUCAUUUUGUCCGAUGUGAACUAUCGUCUUUUAGAAUUCUCAUGGGAUUUGUUCUACGGUUCACAAGUGAGUCAAAUCUUAGGUAACGAUGUUCAUUGUCGAUUAUUUCCGAAUUCGAUGGACUUCCCACUUCGCUUCAACAUUAUUGAUACGAUUGAGGGUGAAAAUAUGUCAUUACGAUGCACACCGAAUCUUCAGUAUCUUCGUACGAAUUUCGGCGAGAAAUUACCGCAAGAUCAAACGUAUUACGUGCUCCACAAAGAUCGAAGAAAAGACUCAGCAGAUAUCUAUCUUGGCUUUCAACAGAAUGUCAAUCCAGAUGACUUUCAUCAAGCUUUAGUCUUAAGUGAUACAAGAAAAUACGAACUCAACGUGAAGAAAUAUAUUCAAUCCUUUCCUAGCAACGUUCACGACUUCUAUUUAAUACCAAAUGAAACAAUUCACGCGUGCGGACGAAAUCAAGUCGUUCUUGAAAUCUCCACAGCACCUCAUUUAUAUUCAUUCGAAUUAUACGAUUGGCUAAGGAGAAAUCCUGACGGACGUUCACGCCCUUUAAACAUUGAACACGGAAUGAAGAACUUGAAAUUCGAUCGCCAUGACGAUCAACUUUGUUGUCAACCUAGAAUGGAAAAGCUCGAACCGAAUCGAUACGAAGAACAGCACUUGCCGACGCAUAAUCUACACUUGUAUGAUGUACAACGUCUGAUUAUCGAACCGGAUCAAUCCAUUGAAAUAAUACGUUCAACGGAAAAUCGUUUUCAUUUGUGUAUGUUAGUCGAAGGUAAUCGAAUCGAAAUCCAAUUUGAUCAGAAUCAAGAAAAACAAACUCGUCGAUUUAAUUAUAUUGAAACGUUUCUGAUUCCGGCAGCUAUCCAACAAUAUACUGUGCGGCCAAUAAUUCAAAAUACGGAUGAUGUAAAGAAAUGUAUUGUACUUAUCGCUUUUCUUAAAUGGAAUUGUGAAAAAUUACUCGAAUAA